AAGCAGUAUCUUACGUACCGAACUCUGGUUAGAUCAGCAAGUGUACAUCGAAAAUUUGUGUGUAAGUGCUUUUAUUUUCUUUUUCUUUAACGGAGAAAAAUGAAUCGAUAUUUAUUAUUUUUUUCUUACCUUGGACAUCGUUAUAGAGGACUUCAAAGACAAUCAGGAAAUAGUAAUAUUUUAGAUGUUGAUUGUAUUCAAGGAGCUAUUGAGGCAGCAUUUACUGCAGUAAAACCAAAAAUUAUUAAUCAUAAAUUUGUUUCAUCAAGCAGAACAGAUGCAGGAGUGCAUGGGCUUUUUAAUGCGGCUCACGUAGAAUUAGAAAAUAAAUUAGGACUUUUCUAUCAUCCAGAAUCGUUAACACGUUUUUUAAAUCGUCAUUUACUGCGAUGUCGACAUGAAAUACGGAUAUUAAAAUGUAUUCCAAUUACAAAACAAUUUCACGCGAGACAUUCUGCAUUAUCGCGUACGUAUUAUUUUCGUUUUGCAGUUGCAAAAAAUAGCGAAAUACGUAAUUUAUCUCCAAUUUCCGAAAUGAAUAGAAGUACAACUAUUCGACUUGAUGAAUUUGAUAUCGAGAAACUUCGCAAUGGAAUGAAACAUUUUGUAGGACUAAGAGAUUUUGGAACAUUUUCAGUUGAAGAUAAAAUAAUUAAGACAAAGGUUUAUAGAAGAAUUUUAUAUGAAAUGACAUUGGAAAAGGCAAUGCCACUUGUUCCAUUUGAUCCAAAUGUGAAAGAUUUUGAUUAUUGGCAUCUUAUAAUUAGAGGAAAAUCUUUUGUCCACAAUCAGAUUCGACGAAUGGUCGGCGCUCUUUUUGGCCUCGCUAGCGGGCGAAUUACCGAAAAAGAAUUAAUAACAAUGCUUCAAGUGCCAUCGAAAAACAGUUGGAAUUCACGAAUUGCCACAGUACCAGCAAAUGGACUUUAUUUAGUGAAUGUCGAAUAUAAUCCCGAGGAACUCAAAGAAAAUACCAUUAUUUAUAACGAAAAAGAAUUUUUACGCUCCGUUGACUUUGACUAUUAAAAAAAAGAAGAAUACAAAUUACCACCACCUUUUUUCAAAAAUGGAUCUAAAAAGUUUAUUAACUAAAAAAAAACAACAACUCAAGUCGUGUAAAACAAUUUACACAGAUACAAGUGGACGUAAAUUUUUAAUUCAUGAAAAUGGUGAAAAAUGCGAAA